UUGUGGCAAAAACAAGCUCGCAUCAAUUAAAAAUGUACAACUUAAUAAACCCACAACACAACACUUGUUUUCUGCAGAGAAACCAGCUCUUGAUCCAAGCACCGCACAAAAGUGGACUCUAUCAGCCAAUGAUAUGGAUGACGAUGAUGUGGAUUUGGUGGAUUCAGAUGCACUUUUGGAUGCUGAUGAUCUGAAAAAGCCUGACCCGUCAUCUCUCAAGGCUUCCUGUGGAGAUGACUCCAAAAAGAAAAAGAAGGCCUGCAAAAAUUGCGCAUGUGGUUUUGCUGAAGAAUUGGAUAAUGAGAGUACAGCAACUCAGAAAGCCAGCCAGCCCAAAUCAGCCUGUGGAAGCUGUUAUCUGGGCGAUGCCUUCCGAUGUGCCAGUUGUCCACAUUUAGGCAUGCCUGCCUUCAAACCUGGAGAGAAGGUUCUGCUGGCCAACACUGAUAUAGCUGAUGCAUAGACACUCACUUUUGAGAUAUUAUUACAUUCCGUUACCAUUCUGCAACAUUGAGGCCCAGAUUACAUAUCCAUCUGUGUAAUCAACAGGGAUGCAGUUCACAGAGUGUCAUUUGACAAUGGAAUGCACUAAAGUUACCCAUACGUGAUAAAAACUGAAAAUGUUAUGCACUGUUUGGUUGCAAAUGUCUCUUUUCAAUCAGAAAAUGGUAAAAA